GAGAGAGGGCUUGCCACCGAGGAAGGGGCGUUUCCUAGGGGACUGAGGGAGGGCCCGGGCGGUGCGAAGCGGGGGUGGGCCCUCCGCGUAAUGGCAGUGCCGUGUCCUCGCGUCCAUCUUUACCGCUCUCUUGGACCUGUCACAAAGGAGUCGCGCCGCUGUCGCUGUCCCCUCCCUCCGGUGGGCCUAGGAGCUAGUGGAAGUCAGUGCCACAGCCCGACCGCGCUGCUCUGGGAAGCCCCUUGGGGACGUGGCCGGGGAGGGAGCUUGAGGGCUAGCGACGCCUGUGAGGGAAGGGAACUGCCGCUGGAGCCUGGGUGGGAGAGACUGAACUGGGGCCGUGGCCGUCUCCAGGCAGGGCUCUUGGAGAGGGUGGCGUUGGUCAGCGCCUGGGAAGCAGCCGGAACGCUCUCCUCCGAGGCCCGCGCUGGAGGCGCCUGAAAGCGGUUCCUGGAAGAGGGUGUUCCCCUUUAGGGGAUCUUGACUGAAGGAGGUCCUGGGGUCACCCUCCCGAGGAGACUGCGGCUAAGAACUGCCAGUGUAUGGCCAGCAUUCCCAGUGGUUGAUAAUGUUGGAAAUGAGCUGCUCGACCUUCUCCAGCAUUCAGUUGCUAAAGAUGAAUAGAAUGCAAGUUCAACUCCACAUUAUGAAAACAAUACUCGGAAAAUUGAAAACUAUCUAAAUGAUUGUCUUUGGUUGGGCUGUGUUCUUAGCAAGCAGAAGCCUUGGUCAGGGUCUGCUGUUGACUCUUGAGGAGCACAUAGCCCACCUGUUGGGGACUACAGGUGCCUCUAUUACUAUGGGUAAUUCCUGCAUCUGCCGAGAUGACAGUGGAGCAGAAGACAAUGUUGACACCCACCAGCAACAGGUUGAGAACAGUGCAGUCCCUACUGCUGACAGUAGGAGCCAACCUCGGGACCCUGUCCGACCUCCAAGGAGAGGCCGAGGACCUCAUGAGCCAAGGAGAAAGAAACAAAAUGUGGAUGGGUUAGUGCUGGACACACUGGCAGUAAUACGGACUCUUGUAGAUAAUGAUCAGGAACCUCCUUAUUCAAUGAUUACAUUACAUGAAAUGGCAGAAACAGAUGAAGGAUGGUUGGAUGUUGUCCAGUCUUUAAUUAGAGUUAUUCCAUUGGAAGAUCCAUUGGGACCAGCUGUUAUAACCUUGUUACUAGACGAAUGUCCAUUGCCCACUAAAGAUGCACUCCAGAAAUUGACUGAAAUUCUUAAUUUAAAUGGAGAGGUAGCAUGCCAGGACUCAGGCCACCCCGCCAAACAUAGGAAUACAUCUGCAGUCCUGGGCUGUUUGGCUGAGAAACUAGCAGGUCCUGCAAGUAUAGGUUUACUUAGCCCAGGAAUACUGGAAUAUUUACUACAAUGUCUGAAGCUACAGUCCCACCCCACGGUCAUGCUUUUUGCACUGAUUGCACUGGAAAAGUUUGCCCAGACAAGUGAAAACAAAUUGACUAUCUCUGAAUCCAGUAUUAGUGACCGACUGGUCACAUUGGAGCUGUGGGCUGAUGACCCUGAUUAUCUGAAACGUCAGGUUGGCUUCUGUGCCCAGUGGAGCUUAGACAAUCUCUUUUUAAAAGAAGGUAGACAACUAACCUACGAGAAAGUGGACUUGAAUAACAUUAGGGCCAUGCUGAACAGCAAUGAUGUCAGCGAGUACUUGAAGAUCUCACCUCACGGCUUGGAGGCUCGAUGUGACGCCUCCUCCUUUGAGAGUGUACGCUGCACUUUUUGUGUGGACACUGGGGUGUGGUACUACGAAGUAACAGUGGUCACUUCUGGUGUCAUGCAGAUUGGCUGGGCUACUCGAGACAGCAAGUUUCUGAACCACGAAGGAUACGGCAUUGGGGACGAUGAGUACUCCUGUGCCUAUGAUGGCUGCCGGCAGCUGAUUUGGUACAAUGCCAGAAGUAAGCCUCAUGUGCACCCGUGCUGGAAGGAAGGAGACACAGUAGGGUUUCUGUUAGACUUGAAUGAAAAGCAAAUGAUCUUCUUUUUAAAUGGCAACCAGCUGCCUCCUGAGAAGCAAGUCUUUUCAUCCACCGUAUCUGGAUUUUUUGCUGCAGCUAGUUUCAUGUCAUAUCAACAAUGCGAGUUCAAUUUUGGAGCAAGACCAUUCAAAUACCCACCAUCUAUGAAAUUUAGCACUUUUAAUGAUUAUGCCUUCUUAACAGCUGAAGAAAAGAUCAUUUUGCCAAGGCACAGGCGCCUCGCUCUGCUGAAGCAAGUCAGUAUUCGGGAGAACUGCUGUUCGCUUUGUUGUGAUGAGGUGGCAGACACACAGCUGAAGCCAUGUGGACACAGCGACCUGUGCAUGGAUUGUGCCUUGCAACUGGAGACCUGCCCAUUGUGUCGUAAAGAAAUAGUGUCUAGAAUCAGACAGAUUUCUCAUAUUUCAUGACACAUGUGAAGAGUUAUCACGGACCUGUUUCUACUCAAUUCCAGCCAAUGUUGAAAAGAAAAGGAAAAAAAAACCACAAACAUCUCUAACCAGUUGUACGCACAUUGAAACUUAUAGCCAUGGCCAGAUUUUAUGCUAAAAUUGGUAGUUUAUCAAAGACAAAUUCUCUUAGUCUAAUCCAACUUGCCAUCCCUGAAUUCCUUUUGAGGCCAAGGAAGGCUGAAUGUCAGCAGCUGGGCCUGUGGUAGUUCCAUGAAAGAUGACAGGUGGCAAGGGUCUCCUGAAUACUGAAACCACACUGGAAUGAAUUCUUCAUGUUGGGUUCAUUUGAUUGUUUAACACAAAGUGUUUUGUGUCUUAGUCUACAGUUUUUAUUUUAGGGUGAAGUCAUUUUGGAGAAGUAAUUGACAGCGUGUCUGGGUUAAGUAUCACUGGUCAGAGAACCCCAGUGUGUUAAGCAUGAAUAUUGCACUGCAAGACUUGAAUCUAUAAACGUAGUGUCACACAGAUCACACAAGUCAUUACUACAAACAACAUGAAGGUCCUGAAAGAAGGUGCACAGACUGUAGGGAAAAGAACAACAACAAAACCCAAUUUUUUUUAUAUUUCAGUGAAUCCAAAGAACAUUCUAGUUUUUUUAAACUACAGAAAAUUGGUGGUAUUUUCACAUUCAUGGUGUUUCUAUCCAGUUUCAGUACCCACAUUUUGUGAGGAAAAAUGUUUUACCAAUGCAGGAGGAGCUAGCUCUUAAACCAAUUGCAAUGUUAGACUGGAGAAAAGAGUGUAUCUUUGAGGUACCAUCAAAUCAGGUUGUUUUGUUUUGUUUUGUUUUGUUUCUUAAAAUUUUUUAAUCAGUAUUGUUUUGGGAAGUAAUAUACUUUGAAACUCUUGAAUUAAUAAUCUCUAGAAGACAGUCUGAGAACACAUAUCCUGUUGUUUUAAAUAAAUACAUGUUUUUGAAUAGCAAGUUCAAUCAUGAAUUGUUGACUCUGUCUUCAUCAAAAGUGUUUUAUGUCCCUCUCAGGGUCUCUGGUGAAGGCCUUCAAGAGUCCACUUUUUUCUCACAAGAAAAAACAAUGGAAGAUAGAAUUGUACAUUUUUAAGACUUAUUUCAUAAUGGUGUACCUCAGCAACUGCCUUUCAAUUUAUGCCAAGUCCUUACUGAGUUUAUACUUGAACAGUAGAUGUCUUCUGAUUUUACAGUGUUCUCAACUCAUUGCACAUCAUCUUCCUUCCUUUUCUCUUUCUUGUUUGUGGUUCAUCAUACCCUUCCUACCACAGAGGUAAUCUUCUUCCUGGUUGUAUGUGUUGGGGUGCUGGGGUUUCUUUGUGUCUCUCUGGUCUUCCAUAAAUCCAAAAAAAAAAUAUAUAUAUAUAUAUAUAUAAGUAUAUAUGCAGAUAUAGUUAUGUGUUCUUUCAGCUUGUGGCGAAUGCAGUGAUUUGCAUUGAAGAAUAAAAUAUCUGUUGCAUUUUUUACUCUUAA